AUGGCAGCCGAUAACAACCAAAGGCUGCUCCUACUCUCCCUCUCUCUCCUUCUCUCUCUGCAUCUCGCCCGGCCCCACGACCUCUCCCCAUCCCCUUCCCCCGACUCGUCAUCGGACUCAGCUCCAAGCCCAUCUCCAUCCGUUGGGUCCGGGCCCGCCCCAUCACCAUCUUAUGUCUUGUCCCCAAACGCGGAUGACAUUGUGGAUGGGCCCGCAGCAUCCGCUGGCCCUGGCCCAUCACCAUCAUACACUGAUGCAGACGUGGAUGGGCCUAGGGUAUCCGAUGGACCAAGCCCAUCACCCUCGAAUACAGAUGCAGAUGUAAAUGGGCCCGGCCCAUCACCAUCCUACACGGAUGCAGACGAUCAGGAGGGACCCUCGGAUGCCGAUGGGUUCGGGCCAGCUCCAUCUAACGCCGUGUCCCCGAACACAGAUGCCAACGUGGAUGGGCCCACAGCAUCCGCUACCUCCAGCCCCAGCCCAUCACCAUCGUACACUGAUGCAGAUGUGGAUGGGCCCAGUGUAUCCGAUGGGCCUGGACCAUCACCAUUGUAUACAGAUGCAGAUGUUGAUGGGCCCAGCCCAGCACUGUACUAUGCGGAUGCAGACAAUCAGAACGGAUCCAUGGAUGACGAUGGGGAUGGGUUUGGGCCCGAUGAUUAA